AUGGCGGAACUAAUACAACCAGGCUACAGACAUUCAUUGACAUUCCAAGGUUUCAGGAGGGGAAUUCGGAAAGACUUAUUUAGUGUACCUCUUCUCGUCUCUUUUUUUUUGCCACUGACAGAAAAGGAGAAACAUCAGUGAGCUUCCUGCUGUAGUGGGGGCCUCUCAGCAGGUGGCCAACCAUGCCCAAUCCUAAUACCGCUCCAGCCUGCAAUAGAGCAGGGCUCCAGUUACAUGGAAGAGCUGGAGGAGGGAUCUGAUUUCCCUUACAUUUUGUGACAGGUCAUUUAGCUACCAAUACUAGAAGGCUACAGUUCUGUGUGCCUGUGAGAGUUGGUUGAGAUGGGGAAGAAUUUGUGUGGUUAUCAUUAAUGGUCUAUAGAAGCUGGGGAUGUGCCUAUUCCUGGACCCUUUUUAAUUAUGUGUGGCCCUAAUCUCUGUCUUGUAUAGUGUGACAGUGGAUGAUGAUACUAGCAGGGAGGACAGGUAGCAAGGAGUUGUGAAGAUGAUGCCUCAGUUUCAGAGGUGAUAGGCAGAGGAACUUAUACUUGGAGUGGAGUUGCUGACCUCCAUCUGGGGCACAGACCUAGAUAUUUGAUCCAUAUCCCCUUUUCAGCCCUCCUACUGUCCCAGAAGUUUCUGGUAUCUUACCUGUGGAUCCCUUUGGUUUGGUGUUAUUGAAUGUCAGGUCAGUCCAUAAUGAGAUCAUUCUCAUCCAUGACUUGGUUGUGGAUGAAGGGGCUGACCUGAUGUGUAUUACCAAGACUUAGGUGGGUAAACUGGGUGUCCAUCAGCUGUGUCCAUCUGGGUACUCUGUGCAGCACCAGACUAGAACAGGGAGUCAAGUGUGGUGGGGUGUUGCUAUUGUCCAUAGAAGCACUAUUUCUUCUACCAGAAAAGCUUUUGAUAUUGGGCUGGGUUUAGCAGAUCUGCACUUGAUGUUGGACCAGAUUAAGGAAACAGUUGUUCUAUCAACCACUCUGUGGCUCAGCAGAGCACUCUGUUGCUGACCGAGCUAGCUGAGGUGGUCUCUGGUAUAGUGUUGGAAGACCCCAGGAUGAUCAGAAAUAAUAAUACCCAGGUCAGAAGCUACACUGGCCAUGCAUAGUUGUUUGGAGGAUUGUGUCUGUGAAUGUCAGCGGUGCCAGGAAUGUGAUUUUACAUAAGUGAUGAGAAUUCUGUUUUGCUACAACAAAUGGUUAAUCCACAGGACAUUUUUGUUCUUGUGGAAAAUAUGAUUAUCUAUGAAACACAAUUUAUUUUGGCAUUUGUAAAUAGCUGUGAUAUGUUGCAGACACGAUUCAUUUUCUCUUUAACGGGCUAACAGAGACAAAUCAUGUUUUAAAAUAACAGUGUUAUCAUUAUUACAUUAUCAAUCUCAAACUAGUGGUAUAAAAACAUUCCUUUUCUGCUUUCUUCUUGCCCUUUGAAGUAUAAUUUGUUCUGAUUUAUAUCUCUGAAAUCAUUGCUAUAAGCAAAUUUAUUACAUCACUGGCAAAGACUGUAAAAUAUUUCUAGGUACCUUUUAUAAUAAGGAAAGGAUGUAGUUGUGUCAUCCUCCUAUUGCAUUUGAAUGUAUAACUUCGUAUGUAUGAAUAAGUUAUAAUUAUUUUUUGUAGACAUUUGGAUGCUUGCCUAGGAUACACCAUUAAAUAGAGAGGAUUUUUCAAACAGUAAAAUUUACAGGGGAAUUUACAAGAUGGAUAUAAAAACCAGUCUGCUGUGAAAUAUGGUAUGAUAUUCUAAUAUUUUAACCAUGGUUUUAUUGUUGCAGGUAAGCUACAGCACACUAUUUAAAAAAGAAACCUGAAUAGCCUCCGUAAAUUAUAAGUAUAAUUUGAUUUUUUUCCCUCAAAGGUGGAAGCAAAAUGGCACAGAUAUUGAUCUCACCAUGAGUUAUCACUACAGGCUGCUUGGAGGCAGCUUGGCAAUCAAUAACCCACAUAAAAAACAGGAUAUUGGAACAUACCAGUGUUUGGUCACAAAUUCGUUUGGAACAAUUCUGAGCAGGAAAGCAAAACUCCAGUUUGCAUGUAAGUUGCAUGGAUAUUUUAUUUCCUCAUCAAUUUUAUUUUUGAAAACAAUGUAUUAGGCAAUUAAAACAUCAAUGAAAUUUGCUAUGAAAUGAUUGAACUUGCUCAUCUUUCCCUUUUCAUGCUGAAUUCCAAUAUCUUUCCCCAGUAAACAGCAAUAAUGAGACAGAUAUACUGGUCCUUGCAACACACAACAAUUAUCUACAAUCGAGGGAAAGGUCAAGAAAGAUGAAAACAAUUAGGUUUUGCUUAAUAGAGCUGUUGCUAUUCCCUCACCCCACCCUCACCCCCUGGGAUGCCUUUUUUCAUGGUCCGAUUGCUAUUUGUAAGAUACCUGCUCCUCACCCCUCUCUAGGUUGGAAAAUGAAGUAAUCACAAAAGUAUAAUGAUGUCCAGCAGAGUCACAGAAAUGUCACACAUGGUAAUUACCUUACUGACAUUUAGUUGCAUUAACAGGAAUAUACACCUCCGCACAUUUGCUUUGUAAUUGGCAUGCCAUUGUUGCUUGCACCUAAAAUAUGUAGCUGUCCUUUAAGCACAGGUGUAUGUGUGCCCACGCAUAGUGAAAGCAAUAAUAAAAUCCAGUAGACCACACUCACGCACGCACACAAAUACAGAGGGAGAUGGAAAAGGUAGAAGAAAUUUAUGCAGCCACAUUCUUCCCUACACCAGAGAAGUAUAAGCAUAUCUCGGUAUAAGUAUAAGCCAGGGAAGUCAAAUAGUGCUACUGCAGACACUGGGUCCUGAGUUUCCGUUCCAUGAACAGAACAAGGCACUGUUCACGAAAGGAGAGAUUUGCUCAUGGACGAACCUGUUCUACUUAGAGGACACGUCAGUGUGUGGAGCUCUUCCUUGAAUAGAAGGCUGUUGUGUUCAGGGAGGGGGGGAAACAUCCGAUCCAAGCCAUCGGCAGCAAUCCAGCCAGACAGCCUCAUCUAUCAAAUUGGGCACUCCCCCCACUGUGGAAGCUUGAGACUGCAAUUCUAAACACAUUCAGAAAGGUGAAAGCCCCACUGAACUCGGUGGCUUAUGAGAAAACAACACAUGGGACCGAUCCGUUAGGGUUCUCCGCCGCGUACAGCUCUAGAUCACAGCCUUUGCCUUUUUAUUCUUGCAUCUCUUGUGAGAGCAGCUCUUCUUCAAAAAGCAGCUUGGAGAAAGUUGCACGUCCCCUACCCCCACCCCGCCGCCACCUCCCUGCCAUCCUCCUUUCGUCGUCCUCCAUCUGGGCUGGCUGCCGCAGUAAGAGAGCAAUUGUUUUUAAUGCUCAUUAAUAAAAUAUACUUCGAAAGGCAGCCUCGUGGAGCUGUUUCAGACAUCGGUGCUGGUAUUAAUUAUUAAUCCUUUUCUGUUCCUAUUACAAAUUGCCUGUCACAGAGGUCAUAGAAAGGAGGCUGUAGAAACGGUGAUGGUUCACAGACUUGUGCAUGUGUGCAAGGUGGUCAUUCCUGUCUGUUUCUGCCAUGGUCUUAAGUCAUUUUUCUUCUGACUGUUCAAAGGUAAAAGCAAACUGACUAACGGAAAUGGCUAUCAAAGUAGGACUGGAACCAUCAGGACAUGAAGUGCUUGGCGAACAGUCUGCUUUAAUGCUCUCUGUGGAACCAGCACAGAAUGAACUUCUCUACCCCCGAUUCUGUGUUAUCCCUUGUAGGGAAACGUACUGUCAUAAUUCACACUAUGACUCGUGUUGCUCAGCAUUAUGGCUCGUUUGUGGAAAGCUGGUCAGGGGGAUGUCAAUUCCUGUGGAGACUAUAAUGUGUAGCCCACUUCAAAGUAUUCAAGUGGUGAUAAAUUUGUAUUCAGGCGCUUACUUGAGAGUGAGCGUAUUUAUAUGUGGUUGGUGGUAGUGGUGGUUUCAGAUAUCCUGGGUUAGGAAGCAGGCUUCUUUUUAAACAUGAGCCACGAGAAAAAGGAAAAAGCUCAAGCUGGCAAGAAGCUGAAAGGUUUCUUAUUACGAAAGAGAUUUAUAUGCAUUUUAUCAAUGCAUUUUGAGGAAUCCUUGGGUUUGUUUUGACAUAUGCAAUAUGAGACUGAAUGACUUAGUCCAAAUGGGAGUCCACAAUGCGUUGUAUCAGGGGAAACUCUUGCAGCAGCAUGUACAUGAGUCAAAACUGCAUAUAAAAAUGUGUUUAUUAGGAGAAAUUUGCAUGCUGGUGAUUUUUUUUUUGUUAUUUUUUUUUAAAAAAACACACACUAGACAAACAUGAUUUUCUGCAAAAUGUGAAGAACUGAAUUUAAGAUUGGAAAAAUGAGAAACCUAGAGAACCAAAAUUGUCAGAUCUUCCCAUCCCUUCUCCUAGACAGAGGGUCUUUUCUGUAGCAGUACCCCAGUUGUAGAUCUGUAAUCUUGGAGACAUUUAGCUGGCAUAUUUAUUACUUUUAAAAAUUAUUAUUAUUAUUAUUAUUAUUAUUAUUAUUAUUAUUAUUAUUUUAUUGUUAUUGUUAUUAUUAAACUUAUACCCUGCCCAUAUUACUGGAUUGCCCCAGCCACUUUUUGCAGCUUUCUAAAAUCUUUUAAAGGUAAUCAAUAUUGCCCCAUCAUAAAACUUAAACCCAAACCAAACCAAACCUGGUACUUCUAUUGCUUACCUGCACUGGUUUGCUUUCAGUUCAUUUAUUUGUAAUUAUUUAUUUUACUUAUUUAAUACAUUUAUAUCCUGCCUUAUAUCCUGAGAGCCAGUGUAGUGUAGUGGUUAAGAGCAGUAGUCUCGUAAUCUGGGGAACCAGGUUCAUGUCUCCGCUCCUCCACAUGCAGCUGCUGGGUGACCUUGGGCCAGUCACACUUCCUUGAAGUCUCUCAGCCCCACUCACCUCACAGAGGGUUUGUUGUGGGCGAGGAAGGGAAAGGAGAAUGUUAGCCGCUUUGAGACUCCUUAAAGGGAGUGAAAGGCAGGAUAUCAAAUCCAAACUCUUCUUCUUUCUCCCAAGUCAGAAUUCAAGGCAACUUCCAACAUUUAAAAGCAUCAAUUAUAGAAUACAGAAGAAUAAAAAUAAACUAGUUAUAAGCAAUAAUUAAAACAACAACAUCACAACUUAGUUGAAACCAGCAAUUAAAAUACAAUUUGUCCUGACAGCAUCAUCUGCGCCUAUGUUUCCAAAGCCUCUCUGAACAGGAAGUUCAUUGCCUGCUGUCAGAAAGAAAACAAAGAGGGAGCCAUUUUAACCACUCUGCUCAUUCAUUCUUGGUACUGCCAUGUUGCUUUAAGGGCUCUUACAGAGCCAUGGUGAUAGGGGUAAUUAUAUAUACUCUGAAUAUGGCUUAUUUGGUUAUAACCCAUACAUUCCAUGAGCAAAAAGCUUAUCCACUUUUGUGGAUCUAGGUUCCGUCUUGAGCUAGUAUGGGGAGGACAGAAGUGGCACAUAAAUAGAGAGGAUCAAUUACAAGCAAAGGAAAAACAAAAAUUUAUGCAGCUCUUUGUCUGUCUGUCUGUCUCUGAUGAGGAAAUAAGCCUUGGACUCAUUGUGCAAAUUUACUGUUUGUACCAGACAACAUUCAAUUAUCUGCAGUUUGGUCCCCUCAGUUAAGGAAAGCCAAGGCGAUCAUCCAUGAAUCCCUCAUGUACUGUAGGCUUUAACCCAAUGGACUAGAAUGAACUGAUAUUAGUUUAGAUAAAAGGCACAGAAGGAAGGACUUACUGAUGUUUUUUGAAUCAUAAGAAGCCUGGUAAAAGUAUAGCUUGGAGCUAAUUUCAAGUACUAGUUCCUAAACUGUUGGUUAGCAGAAGCCAGGAUCACAGUAACUGUCCCCUGCAGUGCAAUAAUGUUCAAAUGCCAUAUAAAUAUAUGGGCACAUUGAUCCCUUGCGCUGGAUUAAAUGAUAUCAUCUGUGGCAGAGUCUAAGCUUUCUUAAUAAUCUUUAUGGUCACAAGAUCAAGAGAAUUUAUAGAUGACAACUGUAGACGUUCUGCAACUAGAUGUAAACUGCACCAUUCAGAGCAAAAUCUUCGGGUCUGCAUAUCUAAGAAGCUUGAGUUCUUGAAGACAGAACAACAUUUCUGAUGUCACAUUUCCCAAUUGUGUCUUGUAGCAGUGUAAUUAAAAAUUGUUAUGUCUGCCUGAACUUCAACUUGUACAUUCAUCAUCAUGUUUGAGGGAUUUGUUAUUUAAUAUUAAUUUUAUUUUUUUCUGUAUUGUCAUAAAAUAGAACCACCAGAGAGCUAUUUUUAAAUGAUACUUUAAAAUAGUAAAAUAAUUAUAAUGACAGUAGUAAUAAUAAUAUUAGCAUAUAAGGUAAAGGUAAAGAAUCCCUGGAUUCAAAAGCAACUAUGGGGUGCGAUGCUCAUCUUGCUUUUCAGGCCAAGGGAGCCAGCGUUUGUCCACAGACAGUUUUCUGGGUUAUGUGGCCAGCAUGACUAAACCACCUCUGGCACAAUGGAACACCGGGACAGAAACCAGAGCACACGGAAACGCCAUUUACCAUAUACCUUGGUACUCAGACGGCUUGGCUCCUGAACAAAUUGGCCUCUGAACACCACAAACCCAGAAGUGAGUGUUCCUGUUUGUGAACAUUUUUUGGAAGCUGAACAUCCGAUGCGGCUUCUGAUUGAGUGCAGGAAGCUCCUGCAGCCAAUUGGAAGCUGUGUAUUGGUUUUCGAAUGGUUUCGGGAGUCGAAUGGACUCCUGGAACGGAUUAAGUUUGACAGCCAAGGUACCACUGUACUAUAUUAUAUUUAGCAUACACAGUGGUACCUCGGGUUACAUACGCUUCAGAUUACAUACGCUUCAGGUUACAAACUCCGCUAACCCAGAAAUAGUACCUUGGGUUAAGAACUUUGCUUCAGGAUGAGAACAGAAAUCGUUCUCCGGUGGCGCGGGAGGCCCCAUUAACUAAAGUGGUGCUUCAGGUUAAGAACAGUUUCAGGUUAAUAACGGACCUCUGGAACGAAUUAAGUACGUAACCAGCGGUACCACUGUACUAUAUUAAUGGUCUAAUAAGAGUUCAGCCUUACUAUCAGCCUGACGACGACCAACAUUUUGGGUCAGAACAUCACCUGCACUCCACAUGUUAGCAAUGCUCACCACAUGCUUGAGGUGGUAGACGAUUUUGUUGGCCUGAGUUCCACCAUAACCAGCAAUCUUUCCAUCCCUGCUGAACUUGACAAGCAUAUUGGCAAGGCAGCUAAGGCAAUGGCUCGUCUCUCCAAAAGGGGAUGGGAGAAUGUGAUGCUAACAUUCAAUACCAAGAUGAAGGUCUACCAGGAUUGUGUGUUGAGCACGCUGCUUUAUGGAAGUGAGUUGUGGGCAACUUACAACCUGCAGGAGCGAUGCCUGCCCAAAACUCACUUCCAUAAAGCAGCAUGUUCACGUCCUUGGGAAUUCUGUCCACAUGUGCUGCAUCAGGAAGAUUUUGGGUAUCAAAUGGCAAAGAUGUGUUCUCCCAAGCCCACAUACCCAGCAUGUUUGCACUUCUGUCUUAGGAUUUCCAAGGAUGUGCUCUACAGGGAGCUGACUUCAGGCACCAGGCCCAUUGGCAGACCAGCUUCAGAUCCUUUCACAGUCCUUUACAAGUGGUGUUAUGUGGGAAGCUACUUUAUGCUGAAUCAGACAACUCAUCCAUGUAUCUCAGUAUUGAUUACAGUGACUUGCAGUGUUUAGGAUCUUUCAGUCAGGGGACAUUUUCAACCCUACCUGGAGAUGCCAGGAACUGAGCCUCAGACCUUCUGCAUUCAAUGCAGAUGCCCUACCACUAAAGCAGAUGCCAUGCCACUAUGUGGUACUGGCAGUAUGCCUCCUUCAGUGAAAGCUGCUGUGUUCUAAUAUCACUUCAAGCUUCCGAACACUCUUCAAGAAUAGCUCUGUGUAAAGCUUACUUGUUACACAGUAAGCAAGUUUGAGACUGCAGAAAUAAAUGUGCAAUAUGAUGACAGCGCAGCAGAGCAUAUGGCAAACUUUUCUAAACUUUGCGGAGGGAAGAUUUUUUCAGUGUUAUCCCAGUAGUGCAUAAGACCUCCAUUUCUGGUUUCAGCUAAAUUCAGUCAUAAGCAGUGCUAUUCUUCUAGAAAAAGAGGUGCUGGAACUCACCAUGAAUGCCUCCCUUGUUCUUUUAUAAUGGCAAUGGAGAGGUGCUGGAACUGUCUUAAUGGCCCAUUACCCAGGUGAUCACCUCAACACAAGAACCUAGCCUGGUUUAACAUUCUGGAUCCAGGGGUUAGCGGCUGGGCAGAAGUAUACAGCCUACACCACCAAACUCAUAACAACACCAUUAGAAUACAUAAAAUAUGCAAAAAGAAAAUUGCACACAUAUAAUAGCAGGGUGUCUUACUGUCAGCUGGCUACCAGAGUUCUAUUGUCAUCAAGAACUCUUCACACAAGAUGGUUUCCUACAUGGACAUCACUUUGAUACAGCAAAACUGUUUUGUGUGAAAUGGCCUUUAGUGCUGAAACAUCUAGAAACCCAGCUUCAGGUCAGCUGCAAUCUGGAUUGAAAUAAACUAGGAUUCCUGCACAGAAAACAGGCAACCUGAAGAAUGAGCACCAAAACAAAGAGGCCUCCAGUGACCUCUUUGGAACAUGGAAACAAGAGCAUAGGAAACUGCCUUGCACUUUGAGCACUGAUAUCUCAAGCAGUAUUGUCUACUGGGAUGGCUCAGUUGGUAGAACCUGAGACUCUUAAUCUCAGGGUCAUAGGUUUGAAUCCUACCUUGGGCAAAAGAUUCCUGCAGUGAAAGGGAGUCAGACUAGAUGACCCUCAUGGUCUCUUCCAACUCUACAAUUCUAUGAUUGGCAGCAGCUCUCCUAAAUGGCUCAACACUAGAUAUGUUGGCAUAGACAUUGACCAAGGCAGAAUGUAUCAGGACUUGCAUCAUGCAAUCUGAAGGAGAAGAAGAAAAAGGGGGUUCCAAGGAAGACAGAGGCACUAAUUUGGUACAGUUGCAGGUUAAAGUAUAUGGAUACAUAGGUACAUAGUUGUGUGAGUAAUCCAAAACUCAUAUUAAUGUGUAAAGUACUGAAUUACUAUGCAUACCUAAAGCACAAUAACUUUUUUUUAUAGCAAAGGUGUUAGAUAAAGCAAUGUUGCAGAUUUUACUCGCAGGUGUUUUUUGUUUCUUGUUAGCUUCUUUCCCUGACUACGACAGUGGCAUUCUCCACAGGCAUCUUGUAUCUAGGGGCCUGCUGUUUUCAGUAUUAUCUCCUUGGUAAUAUAGGAAAAUGGUAUUAAAUAUAAAUGUCACAGAGGAAACAAAAAGGCACCAUUUAGAUUCUGUAUUCAAACUGUCAGAAAUAGUAGCCAUGCAUUCUUGACGUCAACAAUGCCAAGAAAAUAGAAAGGGUCUGGGAAUAUUUGAACUCUAAAGUAGAUCUCCCCCCCCCCCCCUUAGUCUGAAAUGCAGUUGAGAGGCACAAUCUUCAUGAAUAUUAAUUUGUUGUGCAUAAUGUAGGCCUAUUAUUAUGAAUGAAGCUUACAUAACUCAAAUUUAAAUGGUGUUUUUAAACGCACAAAAAUUCAUUAGAAUGCUAGGGAAUGUUUUCAUUAUUGCACCACUUUUAUGUAAAAGUAAGUCAAUGUAAAUAAAUAGGUGUAAGGGAAAUAUCCUCAUCAAGCUGAAUAUUAACAGGGGCAUCGCAACUUCUUUUUCCACUGUCCUAAAUAGCCAGACUAUAUGUAAUUACACUGUUGUGGUUGUUGCCAAUUAAAGAUAGCUCAAGAUUACAAAGGUUGCAAGCCUUCAAGCUAAAUACAGACCACCAGCCAUUUAUAGUUGCCCACAGCAGCCUGGGGUGACAAAACCAGUACUGGCAGUACUGCUAAGUACUGGCAAACCAGACUGGUGGGUCACAAGUUGUGUUCAUUUUUGGCACCUUUCAUAAGCUUGCCUCCUGGGAUGAGCACUGUAUCCCAUGAUCACUUGCUUGUGGUAAUGGUCUUUCACAACCGUGCGGUGACUUGAUAGCUGAAGUUAAUGUACAGUAAACAUGCUUCUCCAUACAGAGCCAAAUCUGCACUUUGAUGGGUACAUAAUGUUCAUAAAUGGGUCAGUUGUGCAUUUAUUUUAAUGUCAAGAGUAUAUUGUAUUUUCAAAUUUCCUCCUCCAUGGAAAUCAAAGAACAGAAGGGCAUCAGAGGCUCUGUAGUCACAAGACAUUUGUAUACUAGGUUGGUGGUGGAACACCCUCCCCAGUUAAGUUUUUCCCCUCCUUCCACUUAUAUUUUCUGCAGGCUCUGUUGUUCAGCUCUCUGUUUUUAUAUUGGGAUAUUUAUUUGGGGGUUGUGACCAAUACUAGCCCUACUCAGAGCAGACCCAUUGAAAUGAAUGACUCAAAGCCAAUCAUUUUCAUCAUUUUUAAUGGAUGUACUCCUGUUCAUGUUUUACUGCUUAAAUGACUACAAGACUCCAUAUAGGCUGAUCUGGAUGAAAGGCAGGGUAAAGGUUUGUGGGAUCCAAUUCUAUACUAACUUACUCUAGAGUAAGUUCAACUGAAAUCAGUGGGACUUACUUUUAAGCAGACAUACGUUUUGUCUGUUUUAUAGAUGGCUUAAAAAAACAACCAACAACCUAGCCUUCAGUCCUCAAUUCAGACAUAUUUUUUUUUCAUAUGAUAAGAAACAGAAGGAAAAUAAUGUUGAGGAACGGAUGGAAGUGGGGAAGAGCGCAGGCAUGAAACAAAAAUACCACUCAUAACUAUUCAUGGAGGGUAAGAACAGCAGACCAAAUAUUAUUUAAAAUAACCAAUUUGUCUGGGAUGUGAAAUGAGGUUCCUUCUAAUACAUGCAAAUCAUUCUGUCUCAGGCUCCGUCACUAAUCAGAGGAAGGGAUGAUGGUUCCUAUUUAACUCAGUUCACUUCCAUUGCCACGUGAAAGUCACUUGUCUGUCACCAACUGUGAUUUUAGCUUGUUAAUUUCAAGAGAUAUUGACAAGCGCUUUAAUUCACAUACAAGAUUAAUGGGCUGCAUAGGGAAGCAAUACCCCAGAGUCAGACAGCCCUUUCACACUUGUAAAUUGUCCACAUUGUAAAAAGCUUUCCCUCCUGUUGUAAACAGGGCUGGAGCUGUUAAUAAAGGAGCUUUUGUUUGGCAUCUCAGGGUGAGAUUUCAAUGGGCUAGCUUGCAGAGUAAGCAAAAACAUUCCUCGCUGAGGGAGCUGCAUUGAAGCCUGUUGCUAAUUGCUCCUCAGGAAAGCCGAUGAAGUUCCACAAUAAUUUCCCAUCCUUUUGUCCAGGAAUAAAGUGCAGUGCUGGCAAGCGUGCUUGAGGAAGCUUGGAUCCAUACCAAGGAUCAGAAGCGCUGCAAGGAACCUGGGAUGCCUGAGUGCCCUGACAUAUUCUUUGCGGUUUAGCCACGGCAGGUGUCUCUCAGAAACCAUGUUGAUAAUGGUGGCUUAUAGGGAAAUGAGGCACUUUCUUCAGGACUUGACUUUCCAUUCUGCAAAUGGGGAAAUGAACUGAUUGUUAAUGUUGAGCGAUGAAGCACUGAGAAUAUUUUAUUUCUUUAUUUCCUGCCCUUUACCCAAAUGUUCCAGGGCUGCAUAGAAAACAGUUUAAAACAAGUUACAAUCAUAAAAAUAAGAUGGGUCCUAAAAUAUAUACAGUCGUACCUUGGAUCUCAAAUGCCUUGGCUCCUGAACAAAUCGGCUCCUGAACGGUCAAAACCCAGAAUUCUGGUUUUCAAACUAUUUUUGGAAGCCAAAAGUCCGCCUCGGCUUCCAAUUGGCUGCAGGAUGCUUCUGCAGCCAAAUGGAAGUCACGCUUUGGUUUUGAAUGGUUCUGGAAGUCGAACAAACUCCCAGAAUGCAUUCUGUUCAAGAACCAAGGUACAGCUGUAUACCUCAAGUGUCUUCAACAUACUCAGGAAGCUGUACAAUGAAGUCGCCAGAUGCACCUCUGUGGGGAAGGAGUUCCAAAGCUUUGGGGCCACCACAGAGAAUGCUCUGUUCUGAGCCACCCACCCCUUGAGCCUCUGAGGGUGGAGGGACCACCACAAGGGUCCUACCUUUCCUCUGAAGAGGUCAAGGUGGCAUACAAGCUUCCUGCUUCCCCAUUCUACCCUAACAACAUUCAGAAGCCAUGGACAUGGAGAAUGGCCCAAGUAAACUUUAUGGCUGAUUGCUGAUUUUAAACUUUGUCUCCCAGGUCCUAGUUCAACACUCUAACCACUCCAUUGGCUCUCAUUUGGGUGCCAGUGGGCCGAGAUACUGAGUGAUAUUUAUAUUUAUAUUAUAUUAUAUUAUAUUAUAUUAUAUUAUAUUAUAUUAUUAUAUUAUAUUUAGCCAUAACCUUUGGAAUUUUCUAGGCAACCAAAACUCCUGUCCUUGGGUCCAGUACACCUCCAAGUAUCAGGCCUGGUUUUGUAGCAGAGCCACAUGCAGCCUCCAAGCGUGUAGGAGUCCCAAGUCUCUCCCAGAGUGUAGAAAUAAAUCACAGGAAACUAGGGAGGUACUGAGCAGCAUAAUUCUGUUCCAUUUCAGCUUCACUUUCCAGUCAUUGGUCUGUUCUGUCCCAUUUUUCAUGGAUUUUAAAAAAAAGAAUACACAAAAAGUACACUUAAAUCAUAGUUAUUUUUUACACAUGUUUUACUGAAAUAUUGAUGUAAAAUACACAUUUUUACCAUUGCUUUUUAGUGGGAGUUGCAUUCCAACAGCCAAGUGAAUUUGAGAGUGUAAGAUCUGGUCAAUCCACAGUUGGACAAGUCACUUGAUAAGCUGUUGCAGUUGAUGCUGAAUCAUAGCCUGGCAAUGUAGAAGUACUGAAUAAAUGUGUAUGUGCAGAGAUGGAGCUUUUGAAUUGUUCAGCAAACAUAAAAGCUCACUUUCCCCCUGAUUAUUUCAUCAUGUUGUUUACCUUUGAGUGCACACAAAUUGCAUGAGUACCAGAAAGCAAUACAGCAUAGUUCAGAAUGUCACAACCCUGGUUUUUUUUUGGUGUGUUUUUUUUUAAACUUGUAGCAUAUGUUUGGAAGCAGAAAAUGGGAAAAUCAAUGCAGCUAAAUCAGAUCAGAUAUUCUGAAAUGUACAAAAGCUGAGGAUGCGUGAAUUUCUUUCCUCUUGGCUUCUCUGUCUCUGGUCCAGAUGGUAUCCUGCUGUGUUACACACCAGUUCUGGUCUGGAAUUACUGUUAGUGCUGUUAUUUCAUCGCAAUUUAAAGAUCCCAUGUAUGUAGGGAAGUUGUGCUAUCACAGUCAUGGUAAGCUAAUCCUCUACAAGAGUUUGUAUACUGAUCUUUACUGGUAAAGUCCCAUCAGGACAAUUGGAUGUGGUUGGGGAAUUUGGAAAGGGAAAAGAAGAAGCAUCCAUCCAUCCAUCCAUUUGUUUUAAUUUGUUAUAUAUAUAUCCUGAUUCCAGUCCUCCUAUGAAAAUGUCAAGGUGUUGGAUGUUGAGUAAUCAGGUUCAAAUCCUUACUCUGAAACUUAAUGACUGGCCAAACACUAGUCACUUUAUUUCAGGGGUACUGUUCACUUUAACAUGGGGGGACUCCAUUUGUCAUUCUGUCUCAGGUGGCAAAAUGACUUGGACCACUCCUGCUGGUUUAUUUACAGCCAGCCAUUUGCAGAGCAGAAGCAAUACUUUUGGGUGUCUUUAACUCCUGCUCCUGGAUUUUCCAACAAUCACAUCCACUAUCCGAGUGAGCCACAGCCAAGUCAGCUCACAAUCUUUGAGCUACAGCGCUUCCUGGCCUGAUAAAUCAGAUUCAGAUAAAUAUAUAUAUAUGCCUCCUUCCAUAAUAUCUCUAACGAACAUGAAUAAUUUGACAACAUUUUAAAUUUUCAUACGAAAUUUUACCUCAGAUUUGGAAGUGGUGCAUGCAGAACAUUACAACAUGCAGGGGGAAACAGUAAAUGUAAACAUGAUAAAUCAAAAAGAAUAAAGUCUUCACCAUGGACGAACUUCAUCUCAAUGUAAUUUGGGGUGCCCUACUUAAGUUUCAGUUUUCGUUGCUGGCCCUCCCAUCAGGCAGAGUGAGGGAGCCAAUGCUGUGGUGCAGAAGCAGUAGUGAGGACAAUGUUGGACAACAAAGCUGUUUAUACCACACAGCAUGCCUUGUAAGUUAGUUAGCUUACUUUUCGUAGGUGCACGGGAAGUAGCUCUCCCAUCUCUAGUGUUGAAAUAAGAUUAAACUGCCAGUCCAAUUGGCUGUGAUGAGGGACACCGUCUUCUCCAUCACCUCAGACAGCAAGAUGGCAUGGGCUAGGGUUGCCAUAUUUCAAAAAGUUAAAAACCAGGACACCCCAAAAGUUGUUGAGCUUUUCUUAGGAAUACCUCAACCUUCUUGAGCUUUUUAAAGACAAUCCCUGACAUUGUUGAGCAUUUUUCUUUACAAAAACACUGAGAAAAAUGCAAUUUUUCGAUUGACUUGCCUAAGAUCCAGGACAAAGCGCAGCCUUUUGGAAAUUCCCCCAGAUGUCAAUUCUGCCUCUGAACUCCCAGUAUUUCAUGUGAGUGAUAUAACAUGUAUUCUACAUGUAACAUUCAAAUAUAAUACAGUCAUAUACAGCCUCCAGAAAGUGCUCUUAGAAAAGCAAUAUGUGUUAGCAAGAUAUUGUUAGGAAGAAAACAGAUAAAGGUCUCAAAGCAGUUAGAUUUUUAUUGAUAAAAUUUAAUAUUUUUGAAGGUUAAAGCCAGUCUCUUUAUUUGCAGUGUUGGUAAAGUUCCCUUUACUGUCCAAGGUUCCAAUAAAUUAUGGAAUGUAAUUUCCACCAUAUCCACCAGAGCUUUUCAUUUUAUUUUUAGUACAAUUCAGACAAAAGAUUGGAAAGGUUUGUUUAAAAAAGGAAAAAUCAAUAGAUAGCAAUAGAUUUAAAUAUAUAUAUAUAAGUUAGAUGGGUCUACUACUCUACAAUCAUAUAUAAAUAUAUUUAACUGAAGGUUUUCCUGUAAUAACAUAUUUAACAGCAAGGUUUCAUCAGGAACACUCCUCUUGCAAAAGUAAGCAGGAAGAGCACGUUUUUGUGCAGGCCAUGAUCCAGUGAAGGAGCCUCACACAUUAUUGCAGGUAUUUCUUGUUGCUGCUGAGGAAGAUGAAAGAGGUUGUUGCAUUCCCGGAUCUCAGUCUUCCAAAACAGCAACAGAAAUCAGUGUCCAAAUGCUUUUGGGGUGCUACCAGGGAUGUCACAGUAAUCUGCCAAGCCUUAUCACCUAUGUAUAUGUUGCCAUAUAGCUGGUCUUGAGAAGUAUCCUGCAUUUUGCUCAUGUCUGCCACUUUCUCAUUUAAUGUCCAUCAAGAGGUAGAGGGACAACUGUGUGCUGCUCCUCGUGAUGACUCUUAUAGGCAGGCAAGAUGUACCAUGUUGGUAGUCAGCUCUGUGAAGGAUGCAAGUUUAGCAAGUCCUAGACUGAGCCUCAGAUAAGGCUGCAGCUUAAUCUGGGCAGUUAGCUUCACUCCCAGCAACAAAAAUUCCUAUAGUUAAAGGGGACUUGCCUAUUUCAGUGGCUCUCAACUCUUACAGUGUUGAGGAGGCAGUGGUUUCAUUGGAGCUUCAAAACUGGAGUGGCAAUGCAAUCUCCUUCUGCCGGACUGCUGCUAAAAGACUGACCUCCUGUGCCUCCUUCUGCCGGACUGCUGCUAAAAGACUGACCUUGGUGCAGUAGGGACCAUGUGGUUGAAUGUGUGGACAAUUCCUCCUCACUCUCUGAUUCUUCAUCCAAGUUCCCCACUUUGUCCCCUCAAGAGGGGAAGUUGGACUCCAAGAUCAUGAUAGACUAUCAUCAGCUGCUGGAUGUGCAGGCUCUUGGCCUGUUGAUUUGGAUAGUGUGUGGAGAAACUCAAAGAACUCAAAGAACACAAAACCAGCAAAAAGCAGUUGUGAAACUGGCAGGUUCCUUCCUCUGCCCCCAAUUUCUGCAGCACAUCUGUCUGCUAUGCAACUGAAACAGGCUUGAAACCCAUUUUCAGUUUUACUUCUAUUAUUAUGGAUCAUUGGGUGGAAAGGAACGUUGAAACAUACUUUAUGGUUUCUACCAAGUCCAUAUAGCCCAGUGUGCACAUAAUCUGCCAAUGAAGAGGGAAAUAUGCAUACUCUCCAAUAAGCAUACCCUUUGUUCCUGUCAGAGAUGAGCAACCUGUCGCCUACAAGCCACAUGCAUCCCAUUGUCUAAUUUUAUGUGAUUUAUGGUGUCCCUUCCUGCUAGUCAACGGGGAAGCAUUGGGAGGGAGGACUGUAAGAUGGGGGAGGCUUAACAAAACCUAUCACGAUAUGCACAUUUUCCAGGGCCUAGAGAAUAUACAAAAAUGUGAGGCAUGCACAUUCCAAAAGGCCUGCUGGACAGUAUGCAUAGUGACCAAAGAAUAUAGAAAUUAUUAUUGAGUUAUGUUGGAAUGAAGGUAAAUUGACCAGGAAAUUUGUACUGCAGUGGCUCUUCAUGGUUCCAGACAGGGAUAUUUCCCAGGACAUUCUAGGCAUUGAAAUCUUGACCUUGACAGUGGUGUAACAUGGGUUGCAUGGGGGGCGGGGAGGAAGGAAAACAGAUGGAGUAUGCAUAUUCAACUACCUAAGGUGUUCAUGUUACCCAGGAGAGCAGAGUCGCAUAGGUAAGAAAAGAAGAGUUGUUCUGUUGUCUGGAAAGGUCACUUCCUGGUUCGCAUGGAAAAGCCAUUUUCGGGGGGCCGCUAGGGGGCACAUCGGAAGAUGGCCGACAAUACCAUCUCUCCGGCUCACACGAGGUAAUUAAGAGGCUGUUAUGGGAGUAUGCAGCCUCCCUCGUUACCCCAAAGGAAUGGGGAACGCUGCCUUGCCUGCUGUGCCCAUAAUUCACCCCCAGAUUCGAAAGGGGGUGAGGGCACUAGGCACAAAAGCCCUUGUGUGGGUCGGCUCUCCUGGACGCUGUCUCUGAUCUGCACAGCUAGUUGCGGGAGCUCAAAAUAAACAAUCAGAACAGAAGCAAACGCACAUACUUCAAGCGAUGAUCGGGAGUAAGGACUGCUAACUAAAGGGAACUCUAGGAAGAGGAGUGACGGGCUGGACUUAACAAUAAAUCAAGAAGAGGAAUAAAUUAAGAAGAUUCAUCAAAGGAUCGGUAUGUCGGAGCGAGACUGAAAAGGAGGGGGGAGAAAAACUUUUCUUUUUUUGUCUUAUGUGAGUACCCAAUAAUCCCCCCCCCAAAAAAGAACCGUUGCAAUUACUGAUCACAAGCAGGAGGAAUAAGAACUGUGUGGAAAGUAAUUACUAUGCAAGGACGUGGCUUAUGGGAGCAUCGGGAAACGAAAGUAAGUCCUUUGUGACGCAGUUAUAAAAAGAGAUUUAUCAUGGCAGGCCCACCCGUAGGAAUCCAGGGAGAGGAGGACUAUGGUUGUUACUAUGUUGGAGUGUGGGUUCGGCCUAGCAGGGCCCCCUGAGAAAAUUUAUGAGGGAGCAGCGGGCCUGGGGAGAUCAGGAAAGACUGUCGGAAUGUUUUGUACGGAGGUGUUGAAAUGGCGUCUGUCUACUUUUAUGGCUCUUGGAUGAGUGUAAAAUCCGCACAGGAUAUAACAAUGUUUGUCUUCAACCCGCUUGUGGAGAUUAUCAGAGAUCACAAAGAAAGGAGAUAACAACAAGAAGAUGAGGAAAACAACAAAGAGAAGAUUGAACAGAACUGUGAAUAUUAUUUUGACAGAACUGUGUAAUUAAAGCAGCAGCAAGAGAGAUGAUCGGAUCCCUUUCGGAGCUUGAAGCACGGGUACCCCCAACAAAAAUUUUAAAAAUUUGGCUGUGUAAUUUGGAAUUAUUGUUAUUUGGAAUUAAUGUGAUGUGAUUGGCCUGUUAACAAAAAUUAUUUUUUUAAAAAGGAAAAGCCAUUUUCAAUGGAGCACAGCAAUGGACGUGUGUAGCUUAUUGAGGCAGCACAGGUGUUGAAAGUUUGCGCUCCUAACAAUUUUUAAAAAAAUAUAAUAUUUAUUAAAAAUUUCCAAUCAAACAAAAUUAUAUAUUCCAAAUUAUACAAAUUAUCCAAUAAUCAAACAAAUUCCAAUGUUAUGCCUAAUUAUAAAUUAUUAUUAUUUUUUAGCUGACUUCCCAUGCUUCGAGAUCCCUCCUCCUUCCCACCUAACAAUUUUUUUUGUGCCCAGGACAACUGCCCCUGUGGGCCCCCACAUGCUACGCCACUGUUUCUGAAUGCAAAGUGUUUGAUCUUAACACUGAGCUAGUCAUCCUUCAGAGUUUCUCCACUGACAUAGUGAGCAAACUUGUAACAUUUAGUUUCACACCAAGUGGAGCAAUUUACAAAUGUUCCUGUAAGUAGUAGUAUUGUCUUGCUUGAUAAGAUCUCCUACCCAUUACACUAUUUCCAAUGCUCCACAGCUGAGGCUCCCUCAGGAUUUUUUGAGACCUGUCAAUUGGUGAAAGCAUUGAGCAACAACAGAGAUUCCAGUUGAUCAUUCUUUGAAUUUUCGUGAUGAUGCGUUAAUUGUUGGUCUUUGAAUAUAACUUUCCUAUCACGUGUGUAUCAGUGCCAUAGAAAGCAUCUUAUUAUAGACAUUGCUCAAUCAUUUGCAGGAGCUUGUCAUUUAGGAGUAGUUUAAAGCCCCUCACAGAAGGAAGUUUCAUAAAAGAAUAAAACUAUUUUGGUUUGCCCUGAUUGUUUCUAACAAAUCCAUGUUGAUUACUACUCAUCACCCAGAUUUUCUUUUAGUGGUUAAAAACCAAAUAGUGUGUAUGAUUUGGUCUAAUUUUGUCUCUGGUAUUGAAGAACAGCUAAUCAGUCUGUAAUUCCUUGAGUCUUCUCCCUUUCAUUUUUAAAGCCUAGAUAAUAUAUUCACUCUUCCCUAGGCUUUUCAGCUUUCACCAGCUAACACCUUCAGAAUCCUUGAGUAGUUACCAUUAGGCCUCACUGACUACACGGAUUUUCUACAUAUACUGUGAUAUUCUUUGUUAUCCUGUCAUCGUAAAAAAACAUGGAGCAAGGCUGGCUUUAUCGGUGCAAAGCUUGACACUGAAAUCCCUUGGAUUUCAUGGAUACUGAUGAAAUAAGGGGCAGAGGGGGAUACAGCAAUUUGUUAGACUUGGACCUAAAUCAAUGUAUUGAAGCUAUGCUAAUAAAUCAAAGGACCUAUAUGGCCUACAGCUUAUUAAAUAUUAAAGCAGGAUUCAGUGGAAAUACAGUGGAAAUACUCCUUGGUAUGUGUCAUUAAUGUACAUGCCAGGAAUCUGCAUUUAAAAUAGGAGAAAUUAUUACAUAGCCCAUUGCUUUCAACUCCAGAGGCUUAGAGUGGAGCUGAGCUAAAAUUGCUCAGAAUACUGUACAUUUUUUUGCAAAAUAAAAAUGUGUUGUGCUGUUUUUGUUUCUGCUUUUUAUUACCUCCACUAGAACAAAAAGGUCACUUUGUAGAAUUUCCUUUCACUAUUCACCACCAUUUUGUAUGUGGAGCACCUUCAACAUGACCUGGAACCAUGGUAGUUCUAGGGCAUUGUGGAGGCAGAAAAAUUGUAGUCAGGCUACUAGUAUUAUUUCCCAGGGACAGACCCAGAUUUAUAGAAGCCGUCCCACUUUCUGAUUUGAUCCCGGAAUGUCCUGCUUUUCCUUAGGAUGUCCCUAUUUUCAUCAGAGAAAUGUUGGAGUGUAUGGAGUUGUGUGACCCUUGAGCCAAAGAGAUAAGUAACUGUACAACCUUUAGAAAACAUUUGAAGGCAGCUCUGUAUAGCAAAGGGUUUUUUAAAAAAAGUUUAAUGUUUUAUUAUGUUUUAUAGAUGCUAGAAGUCACCCAGAGUGGGGUGUUGUUGUUGUUGUUGUUGUUGUUAUGAUAUAACACUGGUCCUAAAAGGCCUACAUUGGCUCACAGUACAUUUCUGAGCACAAUUCAAAGUGUUGAUGCUGACCUUUAAAACCUAAAAUGGCCUCAGCUCAGUAUACCUGAAGGAGCAUCUCCACUCCCAUUGUUAAGCCCAGACACUAAGGUCCAACUCUGAGGGCCUUCUAGUGGUUCCCUCACUGCGAGAAGUGAAGCUACAAGGAACCAGGCAGAGGGCCUUCUCGGUAAUGGCACCCGCCCUGUGGAACGCCCUCCCAUCAGAUGUCAAGGAAAUAAACAACUAUCUGACUUUUAGAAGACAUCUGAAGGCAGCCCUGUUUAGGGAAGUUUUAAAUGUUUGAUGUUUUAUCGCUUUAUUAUUAAUAAUAUUCUGUUGGGAGCCACCCAGAUGGGCGGGGUAUAAAUAUUAUUAUUAUUAUUAUUAUUCCAUAUUUUCAUCAGAAAAAUGUUGAGGGUAUGCGCACGCACACACACACACACACGCACACACACACACACACACUGCUUCAAGAAACCAAGCAAAGUCCAUUACCCUGAAGCAGCAAUAUUGUCAUUUUGCAUGCUAUACAACUGACAAGAAAACAAAAAAACUCUCUUCCAGGCUUCCACAGUGGCUUAUACAGAUCAGUAAUAAGGAAAAUAAUAAGCAGUGAUAAAACAAUGGACCUUUAAAAUUAGCUGUCUUUUUCCCCUACGUACCUCUGUGGGAAAUUGUCGCUUUCCACAAAAAUCAAACCUGAACCUGAACAUCUAAAGUCUAACCCUAUUCAGAUCAUACUUAGCCAAACUAUUUUAUUCAUUCACACAGAACACUAUAAAUCACUUCCUAUUUCCAAAACUUCAAACUUUCAUUCCAUUUAUUCAAUUACUUUGGGUGGAGGGCAGGGAAAGAGUUUUCCAAAGCAAUUAGGAAAAGUAAGUCUGCACUAUAUUACAAAUGUACUCAUUUUACUCCUAACCAGCUGCCCCCUCCUGCUAGCUCUGGAAAAACAACAGAGAUUCCCCAGACUAGAAACUGUGCUAGAAAGACCACUAAAAGAAAAUAGAAAAUAGCAGCUUUUUAGGACCCAGAAAUUCCCAAAUCCUGUUGGGUAAAAUAACUCACCCAUCAAUCACAACUUAGGACUUCACUCAUUGGCUUAAAACAGUGAAAGGCAGGAAAAGGCAGGCUGGACCAUUUCUCUGCACAUUUCUCUUUCUAACUUUCUUUGAAGUGGGCUUUCUUUUUAAAAAAAUAGUAAAUAGAAAUUUCAGAAUCUGGGCCCCUUGCAAUUGCUUCAAUUGCCGAACUGUAAAUCCAGGCAUAUUAGUAAACAUAAGACAGGGAAGUAGCCUUAAGAAACAAGUCAGGAAACAAAAGAAGCAUCACAGAAAAGAGGUUCUUCCUUGACUGGAAGGCAUUUGUGUGUAAUUAGCAUCACAGGGUAAUAUAGGUAACAAAUUGUUAAUCUCCUGAACACAGACGGUGCAGUUACUUAUGCAAAUCUUAACAAUGGGUGCACUUUGAAAACUGCUAAGUUCAUAAUUUCCUGUUAUAUUUGCUUGGGUGAAGAACUGCAUUGUGAUCCAUCAUAACCAGUUGCAUUAGUCAUUGUGCUGUAAUAAAUCACAUUGUAUAAAGCAGAGCUUCUUCAAAGGAAUUGAUCUCCCCCAUCCCACCCCCCAUUCCCUUUAGGAGAUGUCUCUAGCUUGAAAAGUGUCUCUGCUCCUAAUGCUCCCCCCCCCCCAUAAUUCAAUAAUGGACUAUAAUUACAACAGUAAUAUUUAAGAUUAUAUAAUGACAAAACAUUUGUGGGAUGGAAUCAAAAGUUCAAGAAAGCAUGAAAUUGUAUUAAUUCCAAAGAACUGUUAGUAAUUAUGCAAGGUGAUGAAUUUUGCCUUCCCCUAAUUAUCUAUUACAUGUAUUAGGAUGUUGUUAUAUCUUUGUUUGGUAUUUAGGGAGACAUGGCUAUCUAAUAGUCCUUCCUAAAAUAAGUUAACAUAUUUAUUUCAUUAAUUUUAAAACGUCAGGGUGGGGGGCGUGCACCCUGCAUAUAGCUUGGUUCUGUUGAUUCUGCCAUCAUUUAUUUGAAUCAACCAUUACUAUCUUUAAAUGCCCCUACACCCAAGGAGCUCAGGGCAGCAUAAAAAGUGGUGCCAAGGGUGGGGUGGUGGCACUGGGGUUUUUGCCUGAAGUGGAAAAGUGUCCUGGGUCAGCUCUGACCAUGUAUUCCCACAAAUGCGUUUCUGUCCCACUCAAUAUCUCCUAACCAAGUUUUCAACUGGUGAAACAAUUGGUAGUCACUGAUCUUAGAGAGGAGGCUUUGCUGAGGGCACCACUGAAGGUGGUGAUCAUCUCAAGCUCCUUUUGCAUUUCUGCUGGGCUGGCACCAAGUUUAAGGAGGUCCUGGGUAAGGUACCUUAUGCCAGAGACCAUCUUGGCUGUGAAUCCCAGAAGACCUCCUCCCUGCCUUGCAGGCCUUUUCCCACCUCACCUGAAAGGCUAGGGCCCUGACUGACUCCAGCUACAAAAACUGAGGCUGCUGAACAGACUCUUGGACUGGGGUAUUUUUUAGCAGGGUUUGUUGGCAGGAGGGAGAGGAGCUGUUCUUGCUGUUAUUGAGAUUAAUUUUUGCAUCUAUAUUUUAGAUCUUACUAUGAUUUAUGUGGAAAUAGUUCAAUUUGUGUACUUUUACAGUUUUAUUUAUGGUUUAUGACUGCUUUUGUUACAGCACAGUCAAUGGUCAUAGGUCAUGGGAGUUCCAGGCCAGCAAUAUCUGGAGAGCCAGAGAUUCCCCACCCACGUCUUAGUAGAAGAAAGUUGGUGCUAAUAGGCAGUAUGAAAAAAUUACUCUUCCAAAUUAAAAGCAAACAAACUUUGUUUUAUCGUUUUAAUGUUUUGUCAUCCAAUUAAGACUGAAUGAUAAACUCCUAGUGCUGAGGAUGGGGAGGUAGAAAAGAUAUAUUCUCUAGUCUGUGGCAGAUUGUUAUUCCCAUUAACACUAAUGGAACCAACACAGAGAAAAGGAAAAUGUCUGUUUACGUUACAUUAGAGCAUUUCUUGGGAUACAGUUGUUUAUCACCUUAACCAAACACCUCAGCAAUCACUGAGGAUUUGCCCAUCUUUUGAUAAUUGCAGUUCAAGGCAAUUAGAGUGCUUCAAAUUGUUGAUUAUUUUCUCACUUUACUACUGUUGCCAUUUCUUUUAUUAAAGUGUUGCUGUUUUGAAAAUUUAAGUUUAGCACAAGAAACCCUUUUAAUGGGAGGGUUCCACUGCCAGUUUUAAACUGGCCAAUGCCAUAGCUGUCAACUUACAGAUUUGAAAAUAAGGGACCAGCAGCCUUGAAAAUAAGGGAUCAGCAGCCAAAAUAAGGGAUUUUGCUUAGCUUAUACGGCACUGAUGGAGCCAUGCUGCUUUUGCUGCGACUGACUUUGUUUUGCAGGGGGUUGCACUAGAUGAUCCUAAGGGUCUACAACUCCCACCAAAGAAGAGUGGCAGACAAAACUGAUGAACGAUGUUGAGAUGGCAAAUCUUACAGGCAGAAUUAGAAACCAGGAAGAGGACCUCUUUAAUAAAGAAUGGGGAAAAUUUAUAAUUUAGUUGAAAAGCUAUUGUAAAGUGUUACAUACAUUGGUAGGAUUGACAGAAAACUUAUAGUAAAAAUUUGAACUAUGGAUAGACAAAUGAUUUAUAAAAAUAGAGUUAUGAAAGGGAUUCAGAGGGGGAAAUCACUACAUUAAGAUGCUGCACUGGUUGGAGGGUAUGCUAAGCAGCACGUCGGGGCUGCCAUCGUCUUGGCGCGAGGAGUUCCAUUGGCCCUUCCCCGCCCAAGAGAGGGGGGGAGGGAGAGAGACUCUCGCCCACGCCACCCGCGAGCCUGGCAUGAGGCGGUUGUGGUGCCGCCAUGGCCACUGAAGCGCCACCCUUCUGUGUCCCUCCCCAUCCCUUCCUCUUCCUCCUCCCUCAGGCCACCUCCUCAGCUGCCACCGCCACUGCCGCUUCCGGCUUCCCCUGGCAGCUUGGCGGAAGUCUCGCAAGAGAGGGGCUGCCUGCCUGCCCACCGCCACCCAUCUCCUCACGACGCAAAAAAAAAAGGGAGAGACGGAGACGCGGCAGCUCGUGCGCGCGCUCUCUCUCGUGGUGGAGGACCCCGAGCCACUGCUUCCCUCCAGAGCCGGGCGAGCAUGAAACCCAUUAAAUUUAAGGGAAUCAUCAAUAAGGGACAACAGCGGGACACGGCGCUGGGAUAAGGGAGUUUCCCGCCAAAUAAGGGACGGUUGACAGCUAUGGCCAAUGCAUGUCCACCAAAAUGCAAAGCUCAUGUUUGCUUCAUUUCUCGCGUAUGCACGUGCAUACAAAUAUUCACAAGAGUCUAUAUUCUCAUUCUUCCUUUCAGAGGCCAAAUUGUAAGUGUGGCAUUCAGUUUUCCACAAGGUUGUGCUGCACCUUCAAAUGGUCCUUAUUGCAAUCACUUGAAGGGCAGUGGGGCUGAAGCAAAAAUGCUUCAAAAAGGGCAAGCAGAACUUUGGGUAACGUUUUGAGGGGUCAGGAUCUGUGUCGCUGCUCGUCCUAUUCAACAGUCCUCUGCCACUCCCCCCCCCAACUUUAAUCCCAGAAAGUUUCUCCUUCUCACCCCAUGCAACUACUAAGCUCACUUUUCACCUUUACAACCCCAUUUCUGAAGCCACCUCUCUCAUCUAUUCUGCAGCAAAUUGUGCCUUUCAACAAUGGCAAAAGUUUGAGUAAAGCAGAGAUGGUGUAACACUAAGGAUUUUUAAAAAAUCAAACCAAUUUUAACAAUGAGAAAUAACACAACAUUAUUUCUUUAACUCCCAUUUCAGUGUACUCAUACCAUGUUUAAACUCUAUUCAAACCUCUGCCAUUUUUUUUUAAAUAUCACCACUUUUCCCAAUUCAGUUUCCUUCCGUUCCUGCUUUCUUCAAACCUGCUGUUGUUUAAAACCACAAUUUCCCUCUCCGUUGGUCUCCACCACUGCUUGACUCAAAGUUCUCCCUCUUCAAUUCCUCAGCUGCCUCAUGUGAGAGUGAUAAAGGAUGUGAAGCCCUCAAAUAUUUCAUUGUAUGAAGGUACUUUACUCAAACCUCUGCUGUUGUUUAGAAUCACUGUUUCCUCCCCUCAGUUUCCCGCAUACCUGCUUUACUCAAACUUCUUUACUCAAACUUCUGCUGUUGUUUUAAUCUCCCCCGCCCUUUCCCACUGCCAGUGUCCUUUCUUUCUCAUUCUCAUGCCUUGGCUGCUGUUGUUGCCCAAUCUUCCUCCUCUUUUGCUCCCCUCUCCUCCACCCCAACUUCAUGCAAAUCCAGGAUUGUGAUGCAACACUACAGGUUCUCUAAUGGGGACUUCACAAUGACGGCUUGACAUUUUUAUGUAGAUAGGGAGAAAAUUGAAGGUUGAAAAACCCACACACACAUAAUGACAAACUGUGUUCAGGUUAUUGUAAAUGUUACAUUGGGUGAUACCCAACUAAGUCAUAUUCAGAGUAGGCCCACUGAAAUGAAUGCAUAUGACUAACAUUAGGCAUUUUUCAAUUUUUAAGCAGCAUAUCCAGAUAUGUGCUUAUCAAAAGUAAUUUCUCUCCGAAGAUCCCAUUCUAUAGAGAGACCAGAUAAAGAUGUCAGUCUCAAUGGCAGCAUUGUUCGCCAUGAUUUAUUUUUAAUAAAGGGUAAUUUGGAGAAUGCUCUUUCUCCUUCACACUUUGGAAUGAGAAGAGUUAGAUUAAGCAAGAAGCUAUAGUAACAUUUCUGAAAGCUUCAACAAGUACCUUAUUAUAAACUGAUCUUCAAAAUCUUAUUUGUAGUAGUCUUAGAUCCAUCACAUCCCUCUGUAGUAUCUAAGAAGUGACUCCUCAAAGCAAAGGGAGAAAGGCACUCCUUGGUAACAAAAAGAAAAGGGGGGGAACACAUAAAUGGCAAGGUUUGAGAGUUACUGAUUCCACUUCUAAAACAUUAAAUCUGGUUUGUGAUGCACUAACUGUGCUUCUAAGGUAUGUUUAUUUGUGAGAAAAGGAUGCUAGUGUGGCAGUUUGUUUUGAAAUCCUCCCCAUGAGAUUUAUGGAGUGGGAUCUGAGUGGGGGUGACGAAGCAGGCAGCAAUGCAGCAGUGUUAACUGAUCAAUAUUGAUGAUCAAUAAUAAUGCACCCCACCUCUCCGUGUAGAAGGCCCAGGACAAUCCCCAUCCUAUAAAACGGGUAUGGGUCUAAAGUCUGUAACUUUGCACCAGUGGCAAAUCUGACGUCUUUGUGGCAGUUUUCAGGUGCCAGGAAAGAGGUUGCAACCCCCCAUCUCUAAAGCCCUGUUCAGAUAAAAGUGUACGGUGCAUGGCGAGGACAGGAGCACACAUUCAAACCCCAUGCCUAACUCAUUGCACGCUUGCCAGCUCUGCUUCGGAUCUUCUUGCAUUGAGAUGCAAGGAGUGAAGGGGUGGUGGUUCUAAAACUGUGUAAACACUCCUGUUGGCUCUGAAUCCAGUGUGCUCCCAGCUCUGGUUCAAGAAGCAGUGUGCGAACAAUGUGAGACUCAAUCCACACCUAUCCUGCCGUUUAUUACAAAAUACUUCAUUUCAAUGCAUUUUCCCCCAACCCAGCUUUGAUACACGUUGUGUAAAAUAACGAGCAGGCUGCAUUUUAAACUAGUAAUGCAUUUGCAGCCUAACUGCGCUCUGUCACCACCUGAGUCUCUUCUCCCUGCUUUCCGAGGGAGGUCUGAAUGGGGCUCAACUGUUGUUAGCAUCCAGAACGCUGGCUUAUGUUCUUUGUCAACUCUGGCUGCGCCUGUCUCCGAUUGGAAACCCGUCGUACUGUUUUAAGAAAAGCAAUGUUCAUCAUGAAAGCCCUGAGUGAAAUUUCCAGAGUUGGCAAGAUUCAAUUACACCAGCUGAACAACUUGCCUGUUCUGUCAACUUGCUUCCCAGCCUUCUCUAGCAUUGUCCCCAUAUGGUUCAGUGUAUAUCAGUAAUGUUCUUGCGGUAAUCUAAUUUGGUUAACACAAGGAAACAUAUGUUUUCCCUGCCAUAAGCAUAUCUUGUGCUUGCUGUGGUCUGCAAAUGCUUUCCUCAGAUGGUGAUGACUUGCCACCCUGUGCAGCUGAGCCCUGGCAUCGCCAUGCCAUACGUGGAAGGAUCACAUUCGCACCUGAGCAUUCUGCUCAGUCUACAUGAUACCGUUACAGAUUUGACUGAUUAGCCAGCGCCCUGCCAAUAGCCACAUGCCAGAAUGCAAUGAUCAAAAAGGAUUGCCAGGGAAAGAGAGGAAGGGGCAAUUGGAACAGAAUUGCAGCCGACAGCAAAAUGCAAUGUGAGCAAAGUCGAUGCUCACAACGUAAGACAAAUGCAGGCAGAGGAAAAGGAGAAUUAUGGAGAGUCAGGUGAUAACUUAUUCAUAGAUUUCUGUGGAAAGCACAGUUAGCAAAUAUACCAUCUGUGAAAUAGAGCUGGCAUUCCUUAAAUGUCUAUUAGCAAUUGCGAUCCACGCCGAACACCUGAUCUCUGCUCCACACUCCUUGAUAACAACAACAAAAUAAACCAUUAUGCUUCAAUAGCUUAUAUAAUGUUAUGUAAUAGUAUCAUUUUAGGUAAUGCAUUAACAAUAUAAGAUUGUAAACGAUCAUGUAGAUUUUUUCUUUUUUGCUUUUUCCGGAGCUCAUUACAUCAUUAACACUUUGGCCAUUAAAAAGCUGAUUAAUGAUUUUCAAUAUGCUACAAAUCUGGCUUUCAACUUUGUUUCCAACAGAAAUGUCAUAGCAAACAUUUUUGGUGGGGGGGGGAUGUAAUAGGAAUGCACAUCUUUCAGUGUGGCUGUAUUUUUGUAGAAGUCAAUACUACUUAAUUAUUUGCUUUCCUCUGAUACUCUUAACCUACAGUGGUUUUUCUAUUUUAAAAUAUCAAGCUGCAUGGAAUACUUUUCUUUUUUGCAGGAAAAUAAAAAUAAAAGAUCAGUCUCUAGGUGUAUUUCCUGUGUUAGUAAAUUGAAGCCCAAUUGUCCCAGCAUGAGGAAUACCAAUGCUUGUUUCAUGAUGUGUGCAUCCAAAGCAAUCCAAUAAAUUAGACCCAUGUUCACCCAAUGGGCAUGUGAUUCUGGAACUUGUGAAAUUACUGUCAGUAUGUAGCCUCAUUAGACUUCACACAUAUCCAUCCCCCUGAAGUUGUUUUUGAGCAACCGUACCAGUUUGAAGUCCAGAACAAAACAAUGUAAGCAUGUGUUGUUCUACCUGUUUUGUAGAAAGUUGUUUUAUAUGAACACUGUUCAAAUUAUUCCCUUAAUGGAAAUUUCCUUUUAAUCUUUAGACACAUCUAAACGUUUUGCUUCACUAGAAGAACAAGGGCAUUUGAGUUCACCAGCUCAGCUACAUCAUUAUCUUGGUCUGACUUGAGUUUAUACAUUUACUCCAGUUUUUCCUUCACUUAGUUUUCGCUUUUAUUUUAUUGUGGAUCCAGAUUGUUGAUACUUAUAUGGAGUAUGACUAAGUACUGUUGAUAUUAGUAGAACGAAAGUCUGGGUCCAACUCCAUAUAGGAGUAGUGUAGUUUGAUUUUCUUCAAGAUUAAAUUGGGCAAUAUAGUCCAUUAGAUCUGCUUAUUUGAAAUUUAGAUUUAUAAUAAAAUAUAUUGAUCUUUAGGGCUUGCCAAUCAGAAGGUCGGCGGUUCGAAUCCCUGCGAAGGGGUGAGCUCCCAUUGCUCUGUCCCAGAUCCUGCCAACCUAGCAGUUCGAAAGCACAUCAAAAUGCAAGUAGAUAAAUAGGUACCGCUCCAGCGGGAAGGUAAAUGGCAUUCCCAUGCGCUGCUCUGGUUUCCCCAGAAGCGGUGUAGUCAUGCUGGCCACAUGACCUGGAAGCUGUACACCGGCUCCCUCGGCCAAUAAAGCGAGAUGAGCGCCACAACCCCAGAGUCGUCCGCGACUGGACCUAAUGGUCAGGGGUCCCUUUACCUUUACCUUUUAUAUUGAUCCUUUCAUUUUGUUCUCCAAUUUCUGUUUAACUUGAACGUAAGAGUAAAGUAUUCCAUUAAGGGCAGGCAAAAAGCUAUGGGAAGGAAGUUAGUAUGGUCUAAACUAGUAUCUCAGAGAAUAAAAAAGGAGAAUCAGGUUUGUCUAAUAAAGAUCUUAUUGUUCACCUGUUAACGGCUCGUAACUUGUUUUAGCCAGAUACUGGAGAACUCUUAAUACAGACCUUUAUGAAGAAUGGUAGUAGAGAUAUGGGACAUAAUUCUUAUGGAUAAGCCAGCAGCACCCCAAAGAGAACACUGUAUUUUGGGGGGAGGGACACCACAACGUUCUGUAUGACAUGGUUUAAUUUACUUGAAUAUGUGCAAUCUAUUGAACAUGGCUUCCAUGCUUCAGCUUCUCACAUUGUCACAUUCUCACAUUGUGGAACAAUACAUUUGUUUGAUUUAUUCUCACUGGACGGCAUCACUUUACGCCUUGAUUCUAAUGUAUUAUUCUUUAACGCUGUCUCUAUACUUUGGGGGGGGGGAUGAGUUGGUAAUAAUGUUAUUGUUGUUUCCUUUGUCAAUAAAAUAUGGUAAAAAGGAGGUGGGAGGUCAUGCUCAGAUUUCAGUGUGCCUAGGAGAAAUGCACUAGCAUUUUUCCCUGUAAAACUGGCUGAAUGUUCAAAGCUGGUGGUAGAGGAAGAGGGAGAAUAAAAUGCUUUAAAAAAAUAAUAAUAUAUAACUAAGGAUGAGCAUAAACUUUAAACAUGUUAACUGUUGUAUGAAUACAUAGCUAUAAUCUCCGACCCUAAGAGGGUGCACAGUGUAUUUAUGAGACUGAAACUGCUUACAGUUCAAUUCAGCCACCUCUGAGUAGACAAUAUCUUCAAAGAGACGAGAACACAAAAAUUGUAAAAAGCCAAGCUCUUACUAUAUAUAUUUCAGGUAAUAGGAAACUUACCAGUGUGGCGCUGGCAUACUUCAAAUAAAACUUACCAAAACAGCAGGCAUUUUCCAAGAGCCAAAAAGGACCUAGGCAAAUCAUUUUCAUACUUAUUCCUCAAAAGUCCUCCCAGUAUGAACAGCAAAAUGGUCUCCAUGGUUUGGAAAUAGAAAUACUGGUACCUGACAGAUUUUUAAUUAUUUCUCUCUCCUUAAGAUCUUGAAAACUUUGAAACCAAAGCAAGAAGCACCGUAUCAGUCAGAGAAGGACAAGGAGUCGUUCUGCUCUGUGGACCUCCACCACACUAUGGAGGUAGUAUACAACAUUCUUAUUGCUCCCCCCCCCCCCAGUAUUUGUAUACUGUAAUUUGAUGAAUGUGCAACACAUUAUUGGGACAUGAUUUAUCCUCAUGCAGAUUCAGUAUGCAUAGGGUUUAUGAUCAGAACUAGAGAACCUGCCCAUUACCAUGCUGCAGAAUAUAAGGCUUCAGUAGUACAGUUCUGAAAGUUGAAAUAUACAUAUAGCUUGUAGGCUUUGCAGAUACAAGACACAGACACAGACACAGAUAAGUAUAAAGUAUUUCUGUUGUUCCAGCAGUUCAAGACAUAACACAGACUCACAGGCUCACUUCUCAAGACUGACCUUGACAGACAGCACAAGUCCCCGGAUUGAUAAACUGACGCGCCUUAAUCACUUCUAUAGUCAUCACAGGGCUGUUGCAACUGGCUUUGCUGACCAUCCACCUGUUGACUUAUCUCAACCUUAGAGUAAUUUGUGCUCAUGAAGGAAAUUAACCCCUUCCUCCACAUCCAGUUCCUCCAACAACAGCUACCCCCUCACUAAUUUUUUCUAAACUACAAAGCCCAACUGUUGUAAUGGGGUGUGGCUCCAGCCCCUUGAUCAUUUUGCUUGUCCUUUUCUUCACACCAGGGGGUGGGGUAAGGGAGAAAGUGACUUACCCCAAAUACCCUCUUAUCACUUUUUAAGCCCCCACCAGCCAUUUUGGAGCAUUCAAUAGGUUUCAAUGUGUCAGUUUAAAUUGACAGAAUGCAGAGGUCUCUAUAGAUUGUAAUAGGCAGAUUUAAAAUUGCUGCAGACUCCCAGACAGGAAGAAUGGGUGGAAGAACUGGCCAGAGUUGAUGUGCACGCAGAACUGAGGCGUGUGUGUGUUGAGAAGGGGGGAUGCAAGUUGGCUUUCCUCUGGGUUUUUAUUUUCAGCUGGAACUUGCUGAAACUAAGUUCCGGCACCUCUCAGGUGGGUACGAUUGCUGUUAUAAGAGAACAAACGAGGCAUUCAUUGUGAGUCUUUUUCUAGGAAAAUAGCACUGCCUUUCCUCAUCUUGUUUCUGUUCUCAGACAUAAUGCCUCUUUGAGGACGCCAGCUUCCUGUGCUAUCCCCAUCCCUACUCUAACACACCUUUUCAAUAUUUCACGUACUCCAUUUCCCUCCCUAGAUUUUAUUAACUUCCUAACUACCUUAUAGGGGGAGGGAUACUUUGAUAGAUCCCAAGUGACAUGCUGUUUCUAAUUAUAGUCACAUAAUAUUAUAGGAAGUCAGCAUAAAGUUCCAGAGAAACUACUAGUGUUUACAGACUCAUUAUCAUACUACGCUGAUGUUGCAACUGGAACAUAAAUAAUGUUUGUAAAAUGGCACUGAUGAUGGCAAGGAGCUGGAAUGGGGAAAGAGUCAACGUUUUGAAAUGAAUCAGUUGGCAGAGAGUUUCGCUCGGCUCAUGAAUUAUACAUUUAAUUAAGGGAUGCUAAACUGCUAGAUUUCAAAACUUCUGAUUUACUAUGUUUUAUUAAAAAUACAAUUUCCAUGCCGCUCCUGCCACUGCCGGAGCCCGAUAGAAAGAGCUCAGCAGUCAGCUGUCAAACUGCAGACAGCAGGAAGGAACAAUUGUGACAGAAGGUGAACGGAAGCCACUGGACAGAAGAGCAGUGAGUCAGACAGAUCAGAGCUGCUGGGGGAUCAGAAAGGAGGUGAGCUACCAGCGCCCACUAGGAAGCAGCUACUGGGGAAAGAGGAAAAGGAAAAGUUAGCAUAUGAAUUGUCGGUCCUCAAAGCACAGCUCCCAAAGUGGGAAGUAUUUGAAGUGCAGAGGGUGUCUGUGAAUGUCUACCAUCACCUGUGUGGUUGUGCAGACUCUGAAUGCCUAUGAUAGCCUUUUUAAAAAGUACUGUAUAAACCCACUUAAAAUCCCCAUGCAGACUGUCGUCUGUCAGGUCAAAGUUUUAAAAACCAAUCCAUAGCUCAUUGGAUGGAACUGGAGAAGAUGGGGUUAAUUUAGGCAGGGAGCCUUCUUUGGUUUUGGACUAUGAAGGGCUCUUUUUUCCUACUAGUCUGGUCAAGUGUUUUCAUAACUUAAUGGGGGAACGACCUGUGGUUAGCACACUGACAGCGAGAACCCUUCACGUGGAACAUAAUACUUGGGAUUUGUUUUGCUUUUUUGAGUGUUAAGUAUGUUCACUGUUUUCCGAGUCCACACAAGUGCAAUAACUUUUAGCGGCUAAUUGAGGCAGCAUACUGAGCCUAAACCAUCCACUUUUGUUUGCCUUUGUUUUCACUUGCAAAUUGGCAUUGCUAUUUGCAUAUGAUGAUCUAAGGCAACUGUGCUGUACAGACAAAGGUCUGUCAAAAGUGGGCCCCUUUCUAAAUGGACUGUGUUGGGCCUGAAUUUUAAGUACUGCUAUCCCUAUACUUCCUGUCCCACACAUAUGAGCCAAGAUAGGGAGUGAAAAAGUUUGCCUCCUCUAAACACACCCUUUAGUCUUGAGUUGCUUAGAUGAAGUCCUUCCAAAGGAAGUAGUGAAAGAAAGGGAAGGGUGAGUUUUGCCAGACUUUAUAAAGUCAUUCCAAAGAAAGCAGUGUGAAGACAGAAGACUUAGAAUUGGAAAACAAUGUUUGGAGCUUUCUCAAGGGUAAUGUAAUCCACCCACUUGCUGUAUUUGUCUUCCUUAGAACUAAUUCAAAAUCAGUUGUUACAUAUAAUUAUCAGCUGUACUUGCAGAUGUACGUGUGUCCAAGGACUGACAGUAUUAUAUUAACCCGUUGAGGAUACAGUUCCUCCUAUCUGAUAAAAAUGUGUUCCAUUGCAAUGUACCCAGCAACUUAGAACGAGAAAGGGAAGCUUGUAAAGUAGCCCAACACAUAGGCUCCUUGCCUCUUCACGGCUAUCCACAUUAUCCCCAGGGCUGCUUCUCUCGAACCUGCUAUACUUGAUGACAACUCAUUCUAGUGUGUGACUCAUUUCCAUUAAAAACUGUUCUGUUGGAGAUGAAAAUGGGUGAUUUGUGGUGGCUCAAAUCAUUACUGAUUUUGCAUUCAACAGGUGUAGAAUAUGUAUCUGUCAACUGGUGUUCUUCCUGCCACCUAGAUCCCUGGCUGGAUUUUAAAAUGUUCUGCUAUCCAUGAUUUGCUGUUGACUGUUGACAUCACUGCAUCUAUAUGUUUCCCUAACCCUAAGGCACUCUCAUUGCAAAUGGCAAUGAGAGUGGUGUUAUUUCAGCAUUUUAUUUUCAUUUAAAGAGUGGGGAGAAAACCACUUGAACAGGAAGAGGACAAUGAAUGAAUCCGGAUGAAUGAAAGACUACUUGAAGAUUUACCGUUAGAGCCUUGCUUUUCUAUGUUAGUUAACUUUAUCAAAAACUGAAAUCACAGUUUGUCUCCAAUAGUGCUAUCUCUCAGAGUUUUGCUAGGAAAAUAUGUGUAAUAAGUGUUUGAUGUUUUCCAGAUUUAUCCUAUGCUUGGAUUUUCAAUGAUAAUCCCUUAUAUGUUCAGGAGGACAGUCGUCGAUUUGUAUCUCAAGAGACAGGAAAUCUAUACAUCGCCAAAGUGGAACCUUCUGAUGUGGGCAACUACACAUGUGUUGUAACCAACACAGAAGCCAAACAAAGUGUGCAGGGCCCACCCACACCCCUUGUACUCCGUAGUGAUGGUAAGGCUUGUUUUGCGUACAAUCUCAAUUAAACCCCCUUAAAAAUGCAGCCUGCCGACUUGUUAAGGUCUACAGAGGACUCUCUCUUGGUGAUCCCACACAGAGUGAGGUUGGCAGUUGAGGAGUCCAGAAGAGCGCGUUCUCUGUGGUAGCCCUGCAGAUUUAGAAUGGGCUCCUUUCAUGGGUGAAUCAUGACGGUAUAUUAUUUUCAUUCAGAAGACAGGCUUAGAUGCACUUAUUUGCUUCUCCCACCUGCGUAAUUUGUGGUUGUUAUUAAUGUUAUGGUGCUUGCUUGCUUGUUUAUUUAUUUAUUUAUUAUUGUUGUUAACUGUGAUUUUAAUGUUACCCUUUGCUACACUGGGACUCUUGAAUGAAGAGUGAACUAUAAAUACUUGCAUAUGAUAUCACCUUGAUAUUUUUGAAGUGCAAUAGAUUAUCGCAACAUUUGUGUUACCCAUUUACAUUAAUCACAGAGCUCCUUUUGAGUCUAUACUUUGAGUCUGCUCACCAUUGCUAAAAGGAAAUAAUUGAGCAAAUAAGCAAAGGACAAUAGAGUGGCUUAAAUACACUGCAAAAGUUUUUUUUUCAAAUGCCAGGGAUUUUUUUAAAAUGAAUUUUAUUUUGGUGACAUGAUAGCAAUCCUCUAUUAGAGAUUGCUAGUCCCUGGGAUUUCUGGGAAGAGCAAAUAACUGUUAGGCCAGUCAGUUUGUAAGGAAGAUAUGUCAACAGUAAACCAAGCACAUUUCAGGGGAAAGAGGCCUGAUAAAAAAAAUCCUAAUCCACAUGCUAAUGUUAUUAUUCCAAGAAUGCUCAGAUUCAGAUGUGACAGGCUUGCAUUGUUUAGAGCUACAAAGCAGAACACUAGAUUUAAUCCAGUUUAGUCACUGAAGUGAAAGGCACUCUUUUUAAAAAAAAAAAAAAGCUUUUAAUUAAAUGUUUGCAGUUGAAAAUACAUAGCUGAGAAAUCUUUUGGUGAAGUGUUUUUGAAAUGGGUUGGCUCCUUCAAGCCAUGGCCCCUCUUAAGUGUAGCCAAAAAGGGCUCUCAUAAAAUAGCAACAACUAUUGCAAGGCGUUAUGUUCCAGACUGUAAAGCUGUGGGACAUUUUCAGCCCAAAGGCACAUUCCCCUGUGGGGAAGGACGAUUGGCAUAACUCGGAAAAGCAAUGUAUUUGACUUUGUACAACUGCCUACAUUUCAGGAGGACAAAAAUCAUUUCUGUUCCUGUAGCAGGGACAUAUUUGGCCCCUCGCUUUUUCCUCAAAGAUGACUCAGGAGGAUUGAAACCCAAAGGUAGGGGGUGGAGGACAGAGCCAUUUGAGGCAGAGUGUACAAGAUCUCACACAAUUUUGGGAAAGAUACCAUGCAAAAUCUUGACAAUCUUGCCCAAAAUCAGUGCCGAUGGUGGUGCCACUUCACCAGCAGAGGACGUGGCAGGGCAUGCAAUGGUGGCAGAACAGGUGGUGGCAGCAGGAGCAGGUAUGUGGUGUAGGGAGCAUCAAAACUUGUAUAGACUACCUACAUGAGUCAGAACCCUGAAAUCAGACAGGAAGUCUACAUGAGUAGCAUUGGCUCCCUGCUGCAGAACACCAGGCCUACACCUUUGGAGAUCUGUCAGGCCCACUGAUGUGCUCUCCCUUCAGAUAUAUACCAGAUGCUUGAGAUGCCAGAGAUUUUUCUUACCAGCAGUUUGAGCAAUCUCCUAAUUUUUAACCUGCAUAAAGUAUAAAAAGGUAAAGGGACCCCUAAAAGUUAAGUCCAGUAGCAGAAGACUCUGGGGUUGCGGCAUUCAUCUCGCUUUACUGGCCGAGGGAGCCGAUGUUUGUCCGCAGACAGUUUUUCCGGGUCAUGUGGCCAGCACAACUAAGCAGCUUCUGGUGAAACCAGAGCAGCACAUAGAAAUGCCGUUUACCUUCCCACCGGAGUGGUAUCUAUUUUUCUACUUGCACUAUGACGUGCUUUCGAACUGCUAGGUUGGCAGGAGCAGGGACCGAGCAUAGGGAGCUCACCCCGUCCUGGGGAUUCGAACCACUGACCUUCUGAUCAGCAAGCCCCAGAGGCUCAGUGGUUUAGACCACAGCGCCACCCGCGUCCCUUGCAAGUAUAGGUGUUUGCUCAGCACAUCUAUAUUACAUGGUUAAUGUGGUUGGUGAGUAAUAGGUUGUGCAGCCUGGUGGCAUACUGUUACAUCUAUAUGAAAAAAAAUAUUUUUAAAGCUUUUGAAUAUGUAUUUAAAAAGAGAAUAAAGCAGAAAAUUCAGUGGAAAUGGGAUCUAUUCAGCUAGUUUUGUUGAAGAAAGGCUUAAAAUGAUAUGUGGUGAAAGGUGUGAACAAAAAUGUUUUGCAAUUCCAUCUAAUGAGGGGUUUGCCCAGUUUCUCAGAUGGAAACCCAUUUCUCACGAGGUUUGGAGUGUGAAAGACAUCUGACUUUAGGGCUGCAUUUUUACAGAAAUCAAGCCAUCUUAGGAAUUUGAAAAAGAAUGUAAUGUGCUGCUGACAACUGCCAAAUGCUAGCUUCUUUUUCACAAUAUGGUUCAGGAGGUCAAGGGGAAGUCACUUGUAUGAUUUGAUUUGUAGACUUCAUAUUAAGCACUUGCAUGGUGAUGAAGUUUUCCACAGUAGCCUGCUCAUGUUCUCGCUGGAAGACAUUUACUAGCUUCCAUAAGAAGAAGUGAGGCCACAAUUUUUAAUGUCACACUGAUAAUCUGUUGUAGUAAGACAGGUCUGAGGCACAACUGUAGCGCUCCCUGUUUUGAUGUUCAACAGGUGUGAUGGGGGAGUACGAACCAAAGAUUGAAGUGCGUUUUCCAGAAACAACACUGGCAGCAAAAGGCUCAUCCAUUAAACUGGAAUGCUUUGCCCUUGGAAAGUAAGGUUCUUCAUUUUUAUUUUUCUAAAAUAAAAAUAAAAAAUCGCAAUGCUUGUUUGCUGUAAUAAAAUAAGGACAUUUCUCAAAUAGUCUACCAAAUGGGUAUUGAUUUGGAUUUGAGUGAUAUCCCAUGGUCAUAGAAAGGUUUUUUAAAUUACCUUACCUAGAAAUCCUGCAGGCCUGCCUUAUAGAGGACAAAUAUACCAUCUCACCAGAGCAGGAGACUGUCCAAACAACCCUCCUGCUGUAUCCCUGCUGUUAGGCUGUGGGGAAUGGGUGAAGUUUCCACCAAGUCAUUGGUUUUUCAUUUCAACUUUUAAUAGGUUGUUAGCAGUUUCCUGAUAACCAAGCUCCUCCAGCUAAGCAUUCAUUCUCACAAAACUAUAAUCUAUCUUUCUGAAAGAAUGCUGAUUUUUAAGAAUGUGUGUGUGUGUGUGUGUGUGUGUGUGUACACAUUUUACCAAUGGUAUUAAAUCCUUCAGUAUGAGAAACUUAUGCAAACUACUGCAAAUGCUUCUGCUGUCCCAGUUUAUGUUCCAUUUAUGCAAAACUGGUGGUUUUUGAACUUCAGAGUACACCUAUGCUUCAACAUAUAAGGCUUAAUUUCUGAUAAUUUGAUCCAAAUAACUACAAUAUGGACACGAGUUCUUCAGAUCAAGGUAACUAAGCAUGCAUUUCAUUUCCCCCUUAAACAGGGAUACCUUAGAAUCAUAGAAUCGUAGAGUUGGAAGGGACCCAAGGAUCAUCUAGUCCAACCCCCUGCAAUGCAGGAAACCCAGCUAAAGCAUCCAUGAAAAAACAUCCAAGGAAUGAGAGUCCACAACUUCCCAAGGGAAACCGCUCCAUCUUGAAUUACAGUUUUGGAGUGAAAGUCAAUACCAUUAAAAUCACGGUCAGCUCUGUCAUGUGACAAGAGGAGACAAUUGCCUCAGGCAGUGGGUGAGAGGAUGACAAAUUUCCACUCCUCCUCUUCAUCCUUCCCAUGGCUCCUACAUCUAAUUUCCCUCACCUUCCCAGCGCUUUACUUGUUAACUGAUAUGCAGCAGAAGUGCCUUGACUUUACCUCUUUUCCUCUUCCUCACUCUGAGGAACAACUCAGAGUUCUGGAUGCUUGUGCAUUUCCAAGUGGAAAGUACAAUGAUGUGUGUUGUCUCUGCAUCACCUGCAAAUAUACGCUUACAAAACAAGCUGGGAAAGAGCUGUUAGCGUUAUCCAAGUGCUAAAAAAGCUCCUGAGUGCCAUUCUGUAUUGUGCUGAAUAGAGUCUGCCCACCUGUUGUCAUGACGGGUGGGUAUAUUCUUACCACUGGGUUUUCUAAGCAGAGAAAUUGUUGGCCUACACAACAGGCAGAAAGUGUGGUUCACCACUGCAGUGCAGGGAGGAGUGUCUGACCCAACCAUCAUGGUUGCCUGGUGCAAGGGAACUGGGACAGGCAUGUCCCUAGGCAUAGGUAGCAUUGUUAGCUGCAAAGGGUUGGCAGUGUGUGGUUAAUGCUGUUACCCUCAGCUCCUUGAAAAAGAGGAGUAGAGGACUGUGAGGAGGAAGGAUCAUACAGUGACUUCUCUCAGGCCAGGAACCAUCAAUGGAUAGUUGAACCCAACAAGGAUGAUGAGACCCAUCCUUCUCAUCACCAUUAACAGCAAUGAAGAGGCCUUAUUUAUUUUACAAAUGUGCUGUAUUAAUAAAGUUGUGGCCGUAUUCGCCCAAAUAUUGCCUCACAUCUUCAUUUGGGUUUAGGGGAAAUGUGCCCAUCUCUUAUUCAUUUUUAAAAUAAGAAAUAAUUAGGGCAACCAGAAAAUCAAUUUGCUUUGUUUUUUUAAACAUCAUUGCAAAUGUAGUGUCAGCUCUUCAAGUUGACCCACAUUAAAGAAGAGCUUAAACUGGGGUGAUGAAACAAAUUAAAUUGCACAUCUUUAAGAUGUGAAAUGCUUGAAAAAUAAAUAAGGAAGCAUUUUCUCACCAGCUAGCUUGCUUCUUUCCAAUCCUCUUGGCAAAACACCACAUCUGAAAUGUCUGGUUCCUGUUCCGAUUCCUAGAUAUAUUUAGGUUUACUGUGACUUCUCUAGAGUAUUAUGACUAAAUAUUUUGGUCUGAUUUUUUUAAAAAAGAAAAACACAAUGAGCAUUUUCUAGAGAGUAAAUUUUCCUCAUAAAAGUUUCUUCAUAAGUGUUAGAUGGAAUAUUUGGAAAGAGAGUCCAGCAGAUAAAUGCUAUUUCAGCCCUGCCUUCUUCUUAUUCCUUGUUAUGAGGGAAAACACAAAUUGUGUGCAUUAUCUCUUAGUGGAAUUAGUUUCAAAAGCUGAAGGUCAAAGGAUUAAUUUAGCUUUUGCUGUCUUUUAUAUUAUUUGACAGCAGAAGACACAAUUAUAGUGAAAUACCUGACAGAACAAAGACCAAUUAGGGAGCCGGGGGCGGGAGGAGAGACUUACCCAAAUUACAACCACAGCAGAGUUUAGGUUUUUAAAAAGAAAGCAACAAUUUGUCAUAAUAGACCACAGAAAUCACAGCUGGAGCUGAAUUUGCCAAGAAAAUAAUGUAGGAACAGAGAAUAAACUUGAAAUUAACCCAAUCCUAGGGUUUUGGUUCAGUCGAAAAAAGGGACAGAGCAAUCCUUUGGAGGUUGGGUGGAGAGUCCAGGCUGGGUAAAAUGUCCUAAGUCCUGCUGGGCGCAUUGGUCAGGGUGGGAGGUCAGUGACAGCUCCCCCCCCUUUCUUUUACUUGGUCAUUGUAGUAAUUGGCAACUGUAGAGUUAAAUAUUGUAUCCAGUUAUUAUGGGUUGGAGCGAAGACUCUACCUUCUAGCUUGUUGUGGUUACUUUCCUUUUCCUAUGUUGUUGUGUGUUGGCCUUGCUUCUUCUGCAUGUAGCCCUCCUAACUGUGUCCUAGCAUAGCAGCACAGUUGCCAGGCAGGAGUAUGCAGUGUGAGGAAGUCCCUUAAGUACCCUUAUUCCGUUAGAGCUCUUUGCAAACAUGCAAUUUUGCUCAGGGCCGAGACCUAAAUAAUCAAGCAGGAAAACUGGAAGGCUGAACCACUUAAUUAUUAUGCCCUUUUGGAACUUAUUUCCCCCACCCCAUGUCAGUGUUUGGUGCCAAAAGCCACCGGCACAGCUUUUCUCAUCUCUGCUUUGUCUCAUUUGUUUAACCAGGCAUGGUCGUGAUUAUCUGAGCUGCAAAUUUAAUUUUAUUGUGAAGUAUCCUGAGAGGAGUGACAUGAAUGAUGCAGCACAGAUACUGUAUGAUUGA